CAUCUUCUCCAUUCUAAACCCUGUCACUCCAUCUCAAUUCUCAUCAUCUGCAAUAGGUAACCACUUCAUCACCGCUGCUAAAAUGUCUAACCCUAAGGUCUUCUUCGACAUGACCAUCGGCGGCCAACCCGCCGGCCGCAUCGUCAUGGAGCUUUUCGCUGACACCACCCCUAAGACCGCCGAUAACUUCCGUGCUCUCUGUACCGGCGAGAAGGGAGUUGGCCGCAGUGGUAAGCCUCUCCACUACAAGGGCUCUUCCUUCCACCGUGUCAUCCCUAACUUCAUGUGCCAGGGAGGUGACUUCACUGCCGGGAACGGCACCGGUGGAGAGUCUAUCUACGGUGCAAAGUUCGACGACGAGAAUUUCGUCAAGAAGCACACUGGUCCUGGUGUGCUGUCCAUGGCGAAUGCUGGCCCCGGCACGAACGGAUCUCAGUUCUUCAUCUGCACCACCAAGACGGAGUGGCUGGACGGGAAGCACGUGGUUUUUGGCCAGGUGGUGGAAGGCUUGGAUGUGGUGAAGGAGAUCGAGAAGGUGGGUUCCGGCACCGGUAAGACCUCCAAGCCUGUGGUGGUUGCCGAUUGCGGUCAACUUUCGUAGAUGAUGUUGAUUAACUGUUCUGCAUAUGAUCGAUGUUGCUUUUUUUCAUUUUGGUUGAAUUGUGGGGUUUGUUAAGGGAGGGAUCAGGGGAGUCUUUGUAAUGAUAAAACUGAUGACAUGAACUACCUUCAAUAAAGUUGGGAUUUCUGAUCA